GAACUUCCUGAAUCCCCAGAACUACAGAAUAGACGAGCUUCGGAUGGCUGCUGUUAUGGCUUAUUACACUGAGAAUCAACUUCCUUUAGUGUUGCAUUCGCGAUUUCUAAAAGCUCUCCAGAAUGCCGGACAUCAAGUAUUCACAGCCACUGCCCACAGCUUCCGUCCUCCAAAGUUUUACCCCUACCAUGCGCUACUACGACACUAUGAUAAACAGUUUUCAACGCCAUCUCGCAAUUGAACAAGAUAUAGUGGCAAUGUUGCCAACAGAGCAUGCAAGGAAGGUUGCAUAUGAACAAAAGAUGGCCGUACUGGAUACAGCCAAAGCAAAGCUACGAGAGCUGGUCGACUUCAGUACUGAGAUUAUGGAGAAGCAGAUUGAGAAACCCAACACAGCGUUGGGCUUAUCGGCCGAGAGGGCAAAUGAGCAGAUACAAAACGGACUAAAAGAAGUGGAAGACGCGAUGGCUGAGUUGCGAUAUCUGAUGUGGGAGAUGUGAAUUGUAAAGAGGAGGGUAAGUACAUUUUCCAAGACCUUAUGGAACCGACAUCGGACGAAGGUUGGCAUAUCGGUACGUGGGAAUGUCGAAGUCUUUUCUUCUGUGCGCGAGGUAUGUGGCGGAAGAAGAAACGAGUCAAGAAUGACAUGCAUCUUAAGAGGUUAAUCACAAGCUAUAUUGACCAUUAUUGAACCGCUCGCUCAAGGAAGUGUGCGACUCCAGACACUCACCAUACGCUAACAAGCCGUCGGGCAUAAUGUAAACAUUCUAGCUUACAUUCCUGCAAUAUCUGCUUGGCGACAACUGAUUGGCUUACUUUUGGUAGUACAAACGCUUGUUGUACUGUAUGGAUGCUCCAGAAGGUAUUCCCGUAGUU